UAGCAGUCCUCUGUUGAGCUGAUGUCAAAGCAAAGCUUCUCUACCGGAGAGGGAUUACAGACACACAGGAACGUUUUCCACCAUCGCCGGCUUUACGCAAAAACUACGAAAGGAACCAUUUCUAAGCUUUGUUUACCUUUUAAAGGUAUAUUUAUCAAGUUGAAUGACCCUGGUACGUUUAAUAUAUGUUUAAGUUAUUUGCAGUAUAUUAAGACAUAACAGCCUCUCUCGUGCCACUACAACAAAGGACCCUGGGAGAGUUUUGUGUAUGUCGAAUGUUUAUAUAUCUUUGUCAUUUUCACGCAUAAUUUAUCUACAACUUUAACAGUAUUUAUUAUACAAAAGUGCAUAUCGUCUGUAGCAUUUGCAGUCUUACUCUUUUAAGAUAUACAUAUUCAUUUUGACGGUUGAUUCGUUCUGCAGUAAAUUAUAGACGCGAUUUGAGUAAUAAACGAGUUUCUUUUGCGUCACUUUCGCGGGUUUUCGUGCGCAAAAUGAUGCGGAUACCCAGAGGGAUUUCUCCUGCUUCUGGGAGAGGAGCAGUAUCUGGACUCUCGUGCCCACAGAAGAAAAUGUUCUCCGCGGUGAGGACGGAGUUUUUCAACACGGGACUUGCAAGCCCACCGAUGAAUUUGGUACCGGCUGGAUACUUCACUCAAAUCGGGAACACAACAGCUGCGGAGCAGAGACCCAACUGUUUGUACGCAACCCCCCACGGGCCGGAACCUAAGCCGGUGCGGACCUCUUCCGGGCGACUGCCGGCCAAGAGGAGACUAGAUCUGGAAGAGCCUCUUUAUCUUCCAGAAUUCCGCACACCAAAAGGGAAGGGAAACUCUGCAUGUGCAAGGGCACCAAGCCCCAAAACUCCCAAGUCUCCAGGGGAACGUACCCGUUAUGACACUUCCCUCGGCCUGCUGACUAAGAAAUUUGUGGGCUUGCUGAGUGAAUCGGCUGAUGGGGUUCUGGAUCUGAACUGGGCCACAGAGGUUCUGGAGGUUCAGAAGAGACGCAUCUACGACAUCACCAAUGUUUUGGAGGGAGUGCAGCUCAUCCGCAAGAAAUCCAAAAACAACAUACAGUGGCUGGUCAGUGGUGUGUUUGAGGGCUCAUCCUGCAAUUCGGAGAAGACCAGCGCUCUUAAGAAAGAGCUUUCUGAGCUGGACAGGCAGGAGAAAGCUCUGGACGACCUCAUUCAGUCCAGCUCAACACGGCUACGAGAACUGACAGAGAACAAGGACAACCAAAGAUUAGGAUAUGUGACCUAUCAGGACAUUCGUACCAUAACCAGCCUGAAAGAUCAAACUGUGAUAGCUGUGAAAGCACCAACUGAAACUAAGCUGGAAGUUCCAGAAGCAUCCGAGGGCUCGCUGCAGAUUUACUUAAAGAGUAAGAAUGGCCCAAUUGAGGUGUAUUUGUGUCCUGAAGAAUGUUUAGAGGACGCUAGUCCUGUCAAGAAUGCCACACCCAGAAAAGAUUACCUACAAACCCCCAGUGCCACCACACCCUCUGUCUUCCUACCUGCCAAACCCCAGCCAGCCGAAGGUUUGCCAUCAAAGCCUCAGCCAUCAAUGACGGGCACCUCCCUGCUCGAUGUGGAGGGGAUUCUGGAUCUUCCUCCCAGCCUUCUGCAGAUCACCGAAGACCAGCUGCCUGGGAUGGCCUUCACAUCCGACACCUCUGGGCCUUUUGUUAGCUUCUCGCCACAACUCAGCCACGACGACUACCUCUGGGGUCUGGAGGAUGGAGAAGGCGUAUCUGACUUCUUUGACACAUAUGAUCUGGGAGAUCUGCUCAAAACAUGAGGCAUCCAGUGUAACAAAACAAUAACUGAUAGUGUGCAAGUUCAAUUGUAAUUAGUUUAAUUCAGACACAGAUCCUAUGAAGUUUUAAAACACUCCUUCACAUUAUGACAGAUGGAAGAGUUUAUAAAAUGCACUACUGAAUUGGCUUAAUUGGUUCUGUUUCUGAUAAAGACAGAGUAAAUUUGGGAUGAGGCAGUGUCUUAAUAUUUUAACUACUACCGUUAUUAGAAUCAGACAAUAUUGUCAACAAGCGCCCUCUAGAGGAGAUUCGUGUGUUAGGUUUAGUACACUAUGAAGCCAUAUUUUUUUUUAUUUCUGUCAGCCAUAUUACCUACAGUAAGGUAUUUUGCUUGUAUAGUUUAGUUUUUGAGAAAACAAAAAUUGAUUUGUCAUGUGAUUUUAAUUAUUUCAAUUUUAUAAGUUAAAUGUUCGCCCAUUGGGAUUGUUUUUGGUCAUUAUUACUUUUUGUACUGACCAAAGAAAAUCAGGCCUUGCCUUGUCUAGAUAUGAGCUAGAACUUGUCUAGAUAGAAUAAAACUUACUGUUUAUUAGUAAUUUUUGAAUAAGAUGUAUGAAACUCAGGUAAUUUUAAAGCUUUUCUAGAGCUAUAAUUAUUGUAGUACUGUCAAACAUUGCCAGUAGAGGGCUGUGUGACCAUUUUUUUCAGGUGUUCGCAAACAAAGGUGCUUCUGCAGAUAAAAUGUAGACUAGUGAAUGAAAUUGUUUUAGACUGAAGAUUUAAGAGCAUGUAUGGGGGGAAUCUGCUUCAUAAUCGAACUGAACCAGAACCAGAGAUCUGAAAACUCUUCUAAAACAGCAAUUUAGAUCCUCAGAUUUUAAGAAAUGGGUGUUUGUCUGUUCAUUCUACCUCCAUCUUGUAGUUUUAGACACUGUGGUAUUAUUUUGAUCUUGUAACAAUGGGCUUUCCUAUGGCACUGAAUAAUGAUUAUGUAGUACUACAUAAUGCCUCAAGAAAGAAGGUUGUACCAUUAAAACCUCAGGAAAUGUCCAGAUUUGGCAGCUGAUUUUUACAUUUCCAAAUGAUUAAUUCAAAGUGAUUUAAAUUGGUGCUUUUUUAUAGUCUUUUUGAUGCCUGUAGAAUCAGUUUUUCCUGAAAUUAUUGUAAUUGAGUUCUCUCUAAGUAGUUUAGGGACCUUUAAUGGGAUCUGGCAGAACCCUUUGAUACUGUUUGAACAUUGAACUGCUGGGAAUACAAAGUGAACUUUGUUUCCUAGGUUGUUGUUUUUUUUUUUUUUUUUUUUUUCCUUUAGGAGUUGGGAUUCUUGCCCCACCUGAAUGGUAAGUUUUAUAGCUGCAGAGACUAAGUUGAAGUUAACCGUUUCAGUCUGGUGUGUGUAGAAAUACACUCAUUGAAAACACCCUUCUUAAAUGCAGAGCACAUAUGGGUUGGGAAAAUAUGGAAAAGCUUGAAUUUUUUACAACUAGAUUCCCACACCCAGUUCUACAGUGAAAUAAUUCUUCUGUAGCAAGCAUUUCUCAGUGAGACUGAACAAAAGACUUGUAUUCAGCAGCAUUCUAGAAAAAGUUGAGUUGGUUCAGCAUUUGUCAAGGGGUUGGGUUGGGUUUUAAGAGCAGUUAAUCAGAUUUGAUUAACUUGAACAUGCCUUUUGAAGUGUGUACAAAAGUUUUACCUGGGGUUUGCAACUGUCCCAAAUGCGGACAUCUGUCCUGUCCUUACAAACUUGAAAAAUGUGCGUCUGUAUAUGCAUGAGUGCUGAAGUGUGUACUAAAAGUUGGCAGUUUUGUGCAUUUGAUUAGUUUAUAGUUGUUUGGGAUGUUUUUAGAUAAGCAUUAUGUUUUUAAAUUGUACAGAAUAAUAAUUUUGUAUUUAUAGGUUUUGUAUUUGAAGGAAAUUGGUAAUUGUCUCAGGAUGUGUCAUUUUUAUAAAGUCCGUCUGUUUAACAGGCAGCACUUAAUAUGUGAUAUUGUGGUGUUUCAAUGAAUAAAGCCCUGGUGUAAAGCUCAAAGUA